AUGAUGAAGAAUCCAGAAGAAUGGCCCCACUCACUGUCCGCACUCCGGGCUUCCAAAAAGAAUUCAAGUAUCUUCUUCAAGUUUACAACUUCGACUCCUCAAAUUUCUUCAUUUCAAUCACCAGAAUUUCUCCCAAACGCCCCCGACAACUAUCGCUCUAUCGGCCACUCAACUACUGGGGAUCCUCAGCGCGCCUCUGCCUUCAACUUUACAAAGUCCUACAUCGAUAAGGGAUACCGCAUCCACUUGACUUACAUAUCCUCUACAUACAUCAAAGCACUUCAGGAGAGCAGAAAGCACAUCACCAAUCGACCUGACUCCCAUGCUGAUCUCCUUAUGAGCCGCUGCCGGAAGCGAAGCCAGGAAAAACGUCGCGAGCUGCUGCACAAGGCCGUGCCUGAGCUGGAGGAAUCGCAGUGGAUCAACUCCAGAUACGUAUAUAGCGACGAAAAAUUUCGAUACGGUGAGCGAACUGUACAAAGGCGACGCCAACUGUUGGUUCCAUGGCUCAAUGUCGAGGUGCUCAAGACGAGCCCGGCCAUCCUAUUCGCCCUCCUCCAUUAUCGGACUCUAUAUCCACCAGAGGACUUCGCUCCGCUAGACUGUCGUCAGAUGGAAUUAUCAUGGGCCUAUGGAUACUUUGACGUCGAAUUCUCUGCCAAGUGCGUCGUCAUGUCCGGACCACGAAUCACGGAUGAAAUUCUCGAGGGUGCAAAUGCUGCAGGUGCCAGUGCAAAGACGGAUAGGUGGAGGGACCUCACGUCGAUCGGUUUCCGACACCCGGGGGAGACCGAGCUCUGGUCUCCCUACACCAACCCAGCUUUCUCUCGGCCUCCCAAGCUCAACAUGGGAUGCAUGGUAUCCAUGGCCCAGACGCGCAAGGAAGAGGCUAUCGACCAUCUCAUCGAUCUUCGGUGCGACCCAGCAUAUCUUCGCCGUCACAUCAAGGGUCUCUUCAGCAACACGCUCUUUCGUGUGAUGGAUACCGAGGACACGGCAAUGAUGGUGGCUCGAUACAUCCACACGGAGUAUAACAGAUACUACUGGUGGUACUGGAUUGAGAUUGAGUGCAAGCAUGUGCGGGACCUACACGACAGAUUUUUAGACAGUACGCAUCCCGGCCAGCCGAUCCCUCCUAAGUACGACCGGGCACUGGGCGCUUUGGAGCUUCUCCUCGUCAACCAAGCCCUGGAGCGGAUUCGCCGCUUCAAAUCUCUCAUGCCCUGGUCCGCAGGACAGGCGAAACACUACAGCCUGUCCAAGAGACCUGGCGUACCCCUUGAAAGGGUCGCUCGCGGCUUGUCGCGGGACUCGAAUCCGAACACAAAGAAGGCUCUAGAGAACGACCCGCUCGAUUGGUGUCUCCAUCAAAUGAUGGGCAAGCCAGACGACUAUAAACACUUUGAUCACGCCAUGAUCUUUGCAAUGAUUGACGACCAUCUGGUCAAGAAUAACAGAAAGGAAGCAGCUCGUAUCGAUGAGUUCCUCAUGCGCGAAAUGGCCGACAUUUCUGCCCUCCACCACUCGAAUCAAAAGUUCAAGAGGAUGGGGAAGGCCCUUGUAGACGGCUUCUACGAAGGAAAGGCUCCCAGCGGCGCCAAGAAUAAGGCAUGGCUGCAGCAAAGCCAGACUAUGCGAGGCUUUGUCGAGGGAUUCUUCAAGAAAUUGGAAAACUUGUUUCGGAAAGAUCCCGAAGGAAUCAACCUUGAAGCGGAAACCAUCGAAGAGUUUCUGAGUGAUGUGCUCGUCCAGAACAAGCCAGAAUAUCUGGAAGCAAUUGCUUCAGAAGAAGAGGAGAUCAUGACCCAGAUCACCAAGGCCAAGAAGCCUGCCCCGACACCUUUCUAG